AUGGCCCGCCCCCAAGCCAGCUUUCCCAAAGGGAGUGCUGAGGGCUUAACGUCAAGGCCAGUGCCCGCAUGCAUCCCAGCCACCACUUUAUCCCAAGUGUUAGAUAAGUUCAAGCUACGACGAGGUUUUAGUUUCUUUGUCAGCUUCUUCGAAACUGCUCGUGUUACCAAGUAUACCGUUUUGUUAUACGCUUGCGGGGAAAAUCACAAUUUCACAAGAGUUGCAGCUAUGGCGGAGAGUAAACUUCGGACAACGGGAGAAGGACUGGAUUUGAACAAUGAGAUUCGGGUCACAGGGACAAACGAAAGGCAAGUGACAUCAAAUGACACCAAACUGGAGGUGUACGAUGAUCCAUUAAGAGAUAUAGCAAGAGUAUGUCUCGAGGAAGGUAACAAAGAAUACAGACAGGAAGAACAUCAAAACGCGAUAAACUCCUACUCGGAAGGUCUUCAAGUGAACUGCGAAGAUAUACGGCUGAACGCCAAGCUUUAUAGCAACAGAGCAGCAGCUCAUUUCCAUUUGGGAAACUACGAAGAAUGUCUCAAUGAUGCAACAGUUUCUGUUCAGUUGGAACCCAAUUUAAUCAAAGCUAUUAAGAAAGCCGCCAGUGCUUGCGUGGAGCUUUGCUUGUACAAAGAAGCAAGGAGCUGGCUACAUAUGGGAUUGGCCAUUGAGAAGGAUAACAAACCUCUGCUUCACUUACUGAGCAAAUCUCAAACAUUAAUAGAGAGCCACGAGUGUAUUAUGGGAAAUGCCAAAGUAGACAGAGAAAAGACCGAAGAGGGAAUCCGUUGUAACCUUCUAGGAAUAGCUCAUUAUAAUCAAGGACAGUUCAAAACAGCAAUCGAUUACCAUCAACGUCAUCUAGAAAUUGCUAAAGAAGUGGGAGACAAGGCCGGAGAGGGAAACAGUUAUGCCAAUCUCGGCUGCGCUUAUGAUAGUCUAGGACAGUUCAAAAAUCUCAAGGCUCUCGGCUGCUUAUGA